UCGAGGACUUCGGCAGUCAAGUAUUCGAGGACGGCAGUGACAUAGACAGCAGCCUUGGCACCAACGCGCAUCUUGUUCUGUGUGUUGUUCUUCAAGAAACGCUUAACACGUCCACAAGGGAACUUAACAACUAAAUGUCAGUUUACGGAUCCAAAGCAAGAGCAACAGAUGAAUGCAUGUUGGGUUCAAAAGUCAGACUCGAGGGAGGGAUUCGAAGGCGCGGAUGAUCGGGUCUCUUGCUUCGAACGGGAGCAGCCAGCGCGCUUGUGAGCCAUGAAAUGCACAAGCGACCAUCUGAGUCAGAGAGCAGACCAAGUAUAGCCAACCGUCAGGAAGACAGUAUGCGUGAGGGGCAAAGGGGAAAAAUUCCCAUUACAGCUGCCCCAUCCACGCGUUCCCGCGACUUGCCGAUUGACGCCGUGACCGACGCCACUCCCAGGAGGAAGGAAGAAAGAGACUGGAAUUACGGACCUGCAGACCGGCCUUUGCGCUGUGAGACUUCUGGCUCUUCCCCGCAGAGUCCUUGGAGCCACCCUUUCCACCGAUGGACUUUCCCUUUCCGCCAGGCAUCGUGAAUAGUUUUGAGCGGUG